GAAAAGUAUAAAAUGAAGAGGAAAUACUCAUUUGAUAGAUACAUUUUUUUGAAAAAAAAUAUGGGUCAAUCGCAUUCUAAACGUCAAAAAAAGAAUUGUCAUCAACCUUCAAACGUCAUAUUGAAUGCAAGCGCUGCCUCUCAGCAGCAGGGACACCAUGGUCACCAUAGUGGAGGCCAUCAUCACGGUAACCAUGGUGGAGGCCAUCACCACGGUGGCUUCUCCGGUGGCCACGGUGGACAUGACGGAGGGGCGUCUGCAAGUGCUGCAGGCUGCGGAGGCGGUGGCGGCUGCUAGUGUUAGUCAAGUAACAAAGCCUAAACUUUUAAGCAUAACUAUUCCAAAAGCAUAUUUACAUAAGGCUGCUUAGGUGGCUGAUUCAUGAAUCUUUGCUCAUUAAAAUUAAGUGAUUUCCA